AUGUUCUCCCUAUCUCCCAACAAAGCGCAAGAGGGUUGCGAUGACAAUCACCCCAUCCACAUCCCAGAGGUAUCUCGUCAAGAUUUCGAGCGGCUGUUAUCAUUAUUCUAUCCUGACAGCGCAAUUCAGGGCGACCUCACGACCGCCAAGGAGUGGACGUCGGUAUUGGCAUUGGCCACGAAGUUUCAAUUCCUCGAAUACCGCGAGCUUGCUAUCACGCGUUUGUUGCAGCUCGCCUCCCCCAUUGAUCGCGUCCUUCUUGCGCGCCAGUUUGAUGUGUCUCCUUGGCUCAGACCAGCUUAUCUCGAGCUGUGCAAACGCGACGAGGCCCUUACGCUGGACGAAGGCAUGCGACUGGGGAUGCGAUAUGUGAUAAUGCUCUCCGAGAUACGGCAGAGCAUCCGGGCCAAUAAGCGUCCGUCGUUGCCGGACGGAAACAUCAUUGCAUUUAUCAACCAGAAGCUCAUGUAG